AUGAGAGGAACCACCACUCCAUAUGAAAGUGCUCUGACUUCAGACAAGGGUAGCGAAGGAGACUUCAAAGCCGAAAACAACGCCUUUGUCUUUACACCAGAACAGUUGAAUAAGCUGUUCAACCCCAAAAGUCUUUCAAUCUACUGUGCUUUAGAAGUGUUAGCUGGUAUUGGGCAGGGUUUUCGCAGUGACGGAAAGUCGGGGUUGAGCUUGGACGAGGUGCAUCCCGACGGCUACGUUUCUUUCAGCGACGUCGCCGUCGGCCUUUACCAGACAGUGGGCUUGCCUCACGCACCUAACGAUUACAGUAAUGAAAGACAAUUCAUCAAACUGAACCGCAAGAAGAGGACCGCGAUAACAAGGUUAUACAAUCAGGAAAAGACUGUCGAGAUUUUCAUCCACAAUAUUCUGGUCGGAGACGUUAUCCAUCCUGAGCCUGGUGGAGAGUCCGAGAUUAUCAAGACGCGGAAUGUUCAUGACAUUCUUAAGGCAAUUCAAAACGGCGAAGACCCCAAGAAGCUAGGCCCAUUCAUCGGGGUUCUGCGAGGUUCCGCAUCGGCAUAA